GUCGCUGCUCCGAGUCUGUGUCUUUGCGGGUUCUCGGCCCCGCGGUUCCUAGUUCUCUGUAGCCCGCGGUUCACCGCCCCGCUAGCCGCCGCGAUGCCGGUGUUUCAUACACGCACGAUCGAGAGCAUCCUGGAGCCGGUGGCGCAGCAGAUCUCGCACCUGGUGAUCAUGCACGAGGAAGGGGAGGUGGACGGCAAAGCCAUCCCUGACCUCACCGCGCCCGUGGCCGCCGUGCAGGCGGCCGUCAGCAACCUCGUCCGGGUUGGAAAAGAGACCGUUCAAACCACGGAAGAUCAGAUUUUAAAGAGAGAUAUGCCACCAGCAUUUAUUAAGGUUGAGAAUGCUUGCACCAAGCUUGUCCAGGCAGCCCAGAUGCUUCAGUCAGACCCUUACUCAGUGCCUGCUCGAGAUUAUCUAAUCGAUGGGUCAAGGGGCAUCCUCUCGGGCACGUCAGACCUGCUCCUCACCUUUGAUGAGGCUGAGGUUCGUAAAAUUAUUAGAGUUUGCAAAGGAAUUUUGGAAUAUCUUACAGUGGCAGAGGUGGUGGAAACUAUGGAAGAUUUGGUCACUUACACAAAGAAUCUUGGACCAGGAAUGACUAAGAUGGCCAAGAUGAUUGAUGAGAGGCAGCAGGAACUGACUCACCAGGAGCACAGAGUGAUGUUGGUGAACUCAAUGAACACCGUGAAAGAAUUGCUGCCAGUUCUCAUUUCAGCUAUGAAGAUUUUUGUAACAACUAAAAACUCAAAAAACCAAGGAAUAGAGGAAGCUUUGAAGAAUCGCAAUUUUACUGUAGAAAAGAUGAGUGCUGAAAUUAAUGAGAUCAUUCGUGUAUUACAACUCACUUCUUGGGAUGAAGAUGCCUGGGCCAGCAAGGACACUGAAGCCAUGAAGAGAGCACUGGCCUCCAUAGACUCCAAACUGAACCAGGCCAAAGGUUGGCUCCGUGACCCCAGUGCCUCCCCAGGGGAUGCUGGUGAGCAGGCCAUCAGGCAGAUCUUAGAUGAAGCUGGAAAAGUUGGUGAACUCUGUGCAGGCAAAGAACGCAGGGAGAUCUUGGGAACCUGCAAAAUGCUAGGGCAGAUGACUGAUCAAGUGGCUGACCUCCGAGCCAGAGGACAAGGCGCCUCACCGGUGGCCAUGCAGAAAGCCCAGCAGGUGUCUCAGGGUCUGGAUGUGCUCACAGCAAAAGUGGAAAAUGCAGCCCGCAAGCUGGAAGCCAUGACCAACUCAAAGCAGAGCAUUGCGAAGAAGAUCGAUGCUGCUCAGAACUGGCUUGCAGAUCCAAAUGGUGGACCAGAAGGAGAAGAACAGAUUCGAGGGGCUUUGGCUGAAGCUCGGAAAAUAGCUGAAUUAUGUGAUGAUCCUAAAGAGAGAGAUGACAUUUUACGUUCUCUCGGAGAAAUAUCUGCUCUGACUUCUAAAUUAGCAGAUCUACGAAGACAGGGGAAAGGGGAUUCACCAGAGGCCCGAGCAUUGGCCAAACAGGUGGCUACGGCCUUGCAGAACUUACAGACCAAAACCAACAGGGCUGUGGCCAACAGCAGACCCACCAAAGCAGCUGUCCACCUUGAGGGCAAGAUUGAGCAAGCACAGCGGUGGAUUGAUAAUCCCACAGUGGAUGACCGGGGAGUCGGUCAGGCUGCCAUCCGGGGGCUUGUGGCCGAAGGGCAUCGUCUGGCUAAUGUCAUGAUGGGACCUUAUCGCCAAGAUCUUCUUGCAAAGUGUGACAGAGUGGACCAGCUGACGGCCCAGCUGGCUGACCUGGCUGCCAGAGGGGAAGGGGAGAGUCCUCAGGCCAGAGCACUUGCAUCUCAGCUCCAAGACUCUCUAAAGGAUCUGAAAGCCCAGAUGCAGGAGGCCAUGACUCAGGAGGUGUCAGAUGUUUUCAGCGAUACCACAACUCCCAUCAAGCUGUUGGCAGUUGCGGCCACUGCACCCCCUGAUGCACCCAAUAGGGAAGAGGUAUUUGAUGAGAGAGCAGCUAACUUUGAAAACCAUUCAGGAAGGCUUGGUGCCACGGCAGAGAAGGCCGCUGCUGUUGGAACUGCUAAUAAAUCAACGGUGGAAGGCAUUCAGGCAUCAGUGAAGACGGCCCGAGAACUCACACCCCAGGUCGUCUCAGCUGCUCGCAUCUUACUUAGGAAUCCUGGAAAUCAAGCUGCUUAUGAACAUUUUGAGACCAUGAAGAACCAGUGGAUCGAUAAUGUUGAGAAAAUGACAGGGCUGGUGGACGAAGCCAUUGAUACCAAAUCUCUGUUGGAUGCUUCUGAAGAAGCAAUUAAAAAGGACCUGGACAAGUGUAAAGUAGCCAUGGCCAAUAUUCAGCCUCAGAUGCUGGUCGCUGGGGCAACUAGCAUUGCUCGUCGGGCCAACCGGAUCUUGUUGGUGGCUAAGAGGGAGGUGGAGAACUCGGAGGAUCCCAAGUUCCGUGAGGCUGUGAAAGCUGCCUCAGAUGAAUUGAGCAAAACUAUCUCCCCAAUGGUGAUGGAUGCAAAGGCUGUGGCCGGAAACAUUUCUGAUCCUGGCCUGCAAAAGAGCUUCCUGGACUCAGGAUAUAGGAUCCUGGGAGCUGUUGCCAAGGUCAGAGAAGCCUUCCAACCUCAGGAGCCUGACUUCCCGCCUCCUCCGCCAGACCUUGAGCAGCUCCGCCUGACAGAUGAGCUUGCUCCUCCCAAACCACCUCUGCCUGAGGGUGAGGUCCCUCCUCCCAGGCCCCCACCACCGGAGGAGAAGGAUGAAGAGUUCCCUGAGCAGAAAGCUGGGGAGGUGAUAAACCAGCCAAUGAUGAUGGCUGCCAGGCAGCUCCAUGAUGAAGCUCGCAAAUGGUCCAGCAAGCCGGGUAACCCAGCCGCUGAGGUGGGUAUAAGUGUUGUAGCUGAGGCAGAUGCGGCCGAUGCUGUUGGGUUCCCUGUCCCCCCUGACAUGGAAGACGAUUACGAACCUGAGCUGCUGUUAAUGCCAUCCAAUCAGCCGGUCAACCAACCCAUUCUGGCCGCGGCUCAGUCAUUGCAUCGGGAAGCUACCAAGUGGUCUAGUAAGGGCAAUGACAUCAUUGCAGCAGCCAAGCGCAUGGCUCUGUUGAUGGCUGAGAUGUCUCGGCUGGUAAGAGGAGGCAGUGGUACCAAGCGGGCACUGAUUCAAUGUGCCAAGGACAUCGCCAAGGCCUCAGAUGAGGUGACUCGGUUGGCCAAGGAGGUUGCCAAGCAGUGCACAGAUAAGCGCAUUAGAACCAACCUCUUACAGGUAUGUGAGCGAAUCCCAACCAUAAGCACCCAGCUCAAAAUCCUGUCCACGGUAAAGGCCACCAUGCUGGGCCGGACCAACAUCAGUGACGAGGAGUCUGAGCAGGCCACAGAGAUGCUGGUUCACAAUGCCCAGAACCUCAUGCAGUCUGUGAAGGAGACUGUUCGAGAAGCAGAAGCAGCUUCAAUCAAAAUUCGAACAGAUGCUGGAUUUACACUGCGCUGGGUUAGAAAGACUCCCUGGUACCAGUAGGCACCUGGUUGAACCUGGCUAGACAGAAUGAAAUGAUCUGAGUCCCAGGAGCCACCCCGAAUUGCUGGGGGGUUGAAAGCCACAUCGUGGCCUGACAUAACAGAAAGGAAUGGGGCCUCUUCACAUUAGAAAACAUUUAUACUUUUGUCAUGGACACUUUGAAAUGUGUCUCUGUAUAAAGCCUGUAUUCUCAAACACAGUUAUACUCGUGCACACUCUGUUCCAAUAGGCAGACUGGGUUUCUAGCCUAUGGACCUCACAUAAGCUCAGAAUCCAAGAGUGAACACUAGCCAGACACCCUGCUCUGCCCUUGUUCCCUAGGGGACAGUUCCCUCUCUGCUUCCUUUCCCCUAUUCUUCCUGCCAGGCUCCCAAGACCCAGAGCCCAGGCAAGUCAGUUAAGAAGGAAAUCACUGUGCCUCCAAAAUUUGUUUUGGGUUUUCCAUGUUGCUGCUGACCCUGCCUGCCUUCCCUGGCUGGGCUACCUGGGUCCUUUUCAGAAGUGAGCUUCGCUGCUGCAGGGGAAGGUGGCCUCUGGGGGAGCCCCAGCAUAUGGGGCCUGGACUCACUUCCUGCCCUUCCCCAAUUUAAUCCUUCUAGUUUCCCACUGUACCAAACCAAAUUUUACUCGUCAGGAGGAAAUCACAGAAUCACAUGAUUCUGUCUUUACUGUGCCCCUGAGCAAUGUCUGUGCUAGGGAAACUUCCUGUCCUAUAUUCCGCCUCGGCCUGCCAAGGUAGCCAUCCCACGUACACACUGUGUGUCUUGGUGCUCUCUGCCACUGGAGGCACAGAGUGGCUGGGAUGUGGCCCUGCCCAUCCUUCCAGCAGGGCCAUUCCCAGGCACUCCAUGUUUUGUCACUGCCUGCAGAGGUCUGUGCUGAGGCCUUAUCAUUCAUUCUUAGCUCUUAUUGUUCUUUCUGAGCUGAAAUGCUGCAUUUAAUUUUUAACCAAAUCAUGUCUCCUCCCCUGGCUUUUGUAUUCUUCCCCCACACUCUUCCUAAAGAAGAUUUUUAAGAUAUGUAUUUGUUCAUCUGUAAUUCUGAAAGAUCCUUUUUAUCCUUUUGAAAUUCAGUCCUAAGAAUUGGUGCUUGCCUCCCAGGAGUGUUUAAUGGAAAGGCAAUCCUAUCUGAAGGACACGUCCUACCUAAGGGACAGUGGUACUUACAGACUGGAAUUCUGGCUGUUGGGGAUGAAUCAAUGGGAAAUAGUCCUCAUUAAUUCCUACCUCUCUCAACCAACUACAACCAAGCCCCUUGCAUCCUCUCCUCCCUCCCAAGUACAACUGUUCAAGAGAGUAAUGGGUAUAAUAUUUAAUUAUCACCGUAAUAAGUUUCCUAUUAGCAAAGUGAGAGAAGGCAAUUUUUCCUUUUUUGCACUUAUCACUGCUGUCUAAGCAUUCCCCAGCACGUGAAACCAUAUUUCUUCCCAAAGCCAGAACUGGAUGAGUAAAGGAGUAAGAACUUUUGCCUGAAUGUCCUUCCUUCGCACCUCCAGUGUGUGUUAGAUCCAACACUGAAUGUGUAAAACUUAAGUUGGUACCAUACACUCAGGCUUCCUCUAUUUCCUUUUAACUGAUAAAGAUUAUUUUCAAGGCCCUCAGCAUAUUUGUAUAGUUGCUUACCUGAUAUAAAUGCAAUAUUAAUGCCUUUAAAGUAUGAAUCUAUGCCAAAGAUCACCUUUUAUUUUACUAAAGAUUACUUAGAGGAAAUACGAAAAAUCAUGUUUGUUCUCCAAGUUCUUCCAGCAUUUUGAAACACUGGUUUACACUUUAUGCCGAUGUGCUUUUCUCUAAUAUCAGUGCUCAAGACACAGUGAAGAAAUUAAAAAAAAAAAGAUCCCUGAAUGAUGAUUAGAGACAUCACCACUAAGAAACUACAUUUAUAAUCUAGGAUUUGUUAUAUGCAAAUAUUUUCUGCCUCUUCUUUUGUUCUGUUUAAAACAAUAAAGUGCAUUUGUAUAAAUAAUGCUUUAAAUGAUGGGUAUGUUAUUUUAGCAGAACUUUUAGAUCAAGUUUCUCCUUUGUUUUGAAGACUAGCCAAUAAAACUAAUCCUCAAGAUCUGGAAACUAAAGAUUUUUAUUUAAUCCAAAUGUUGUACUGGAAGAAGUAGAAACCAGCAGUAGUAUAUUUACUUAACAAGGAUCUGUGUAAUAAAGGACAACUUUGGGGAUUAUACACUAGAAGAAGUGACAAAGGUUAACAGUAGGAGAAAGCAGCCAGAUGAUGUGGAUCAUCCCCUGGUUGAAGUCAUCUCUCUUCAUCUUAGAAGAGUCUAGCUAUUCACGGAGACCAUCACUACCCCAUAAGAAGCUGAAGCUGUUACAUGUGCAGGAAUACCACAGGUCUGUUUUACAUAUUGCAAAGCUCAGACUAGAACAAUAGGGUUGUCAGGGAUCCACCAGGGCUAUGAUGCAGAGCUAGCUUUUGGGCACAUGUUCCUCGUGCUUGAGGAAACACUGACUAAAGGAGUAGGUUCUUGGAGAACAACUGGGACAUCAGUUUUUGCCUUUCUAGAUCUGAAAGGGGUAAAAAUCAAUCAUUAAAGGGUGAUCGGUAGUGCUGCUUUAACUCACAGAAGUUGCUGACAAGGGAGGCAGAUUCCAGCCUGCUUGAGUUAAAGGGAAAUGUCCAAGGCUACUGAAUUAGCUCAGCAAUAUCUGAAAACAGUAGUCAUGGUCUCAUUUUUGCUGCUCACCGUAUGUUCAUUGGUGCUGCCUUCCAGCUGCAUUUCAGUUUAGUUGUUUUCUCAAAUCAGAUAACUCUAAAGACAAUAAGACCAGCAUCUUCCCAGGGUUCUUCUAUAGCACCACUUAAGGAAUGCAACUAUCACAUGAAUUCCCUUUGAACAAAAUGAUGGUGACUCCUUUAUGCGGAAAAUGAGCAUCUACUUCAUAUGCUCUUGGAAUAUACUCCUUUAAGAAUUUAAAAAACAGGUCUAUUCUGGGAUUAGCUGGAAUUCUGUGCUUAAAAAAUAUCCCAAUAGUACUACGUAUUCAUAGAUCUUUGUUAUUAGUAGGUGGUGGUGGUAGGGAGAGGAAGCUUGGAUCAGUCUGUGGCCAGAAGGGUGAUGCUUAGAGAAAGUAUACAUGGCUGUUAAUAUACUGCAGUUAAGAGAGGAGCACUUGGAAGUGCUUGGCAGCAACCCUCACACCUUGUGUAAUGAUAGAACAAAAUCUGAUCAUGUUCAGCCUGCUGUGACACUGAGGCAUGCCCAUUUGAGAAUGCUCAAUCAAUAGUCAAGCUAAAAAAUCAACUUGUUGCUUUCAUCUUUUUAUUGACAGUAUAGCCAGAGCUAAAGAAAGGAUUUACUAGAUUCAAAUUAAUAAAUACAAUAAUUUAAUUGUAAAAGGAAACAGUCUACUUGAAAGUUUUAGCAGAAAUUGCUUGAGGCAAGGGACUCUUGGCAUACAAUCUGCCUGUAUAUAAGAGAAUACAGCACAGAAAAAAAAUUGGACAGUCCAGGUACAGAUGGUUGAGAUUAGGGAUUGUGCAGAAAGAAAAGCAGAUGUACUGAUUGCUCUUUCUUUUGAGAUAUGAACUCUGAAAAGACAUUAAAAAUGAAAAGCAAUUGAACUGGGUAACCAGCCUUAGGCAAAAGGAAUAAAUAUUUGGCAACAUUUUUAUUUAAGCUGCCAAGCUGAUACUGGUUACCCUAGAAAUACCAAAGUAGCAAAAAGUAAUCUUUCCUAGAUGAAAGGCAGGCUGGAUGCCCUAGGCAAGCAAAGGUAAGAAUGCUGCUGUGUAGUGGGCUCCCUCUACCAGCACCAACCACUAGCCCUUGACAGCAGAAUGGAUGAGUGUCAGGGCUAUCCUCAGCAUGAUAAGGGAAAGGGAGUUAUAAGUUGAGAAGAGUGAAAAGAAUGGAGUCACAAGGAGAAGAAAACUAAUAGCAUAAGUAAGAACAAGAAGGAAACAUGAAGAACAAGCACUUAUAUCGUAACUUUCAGCCUUUCUCCAUUCUUCAUGUCUAAUAAGGCAAAAUAACUGGGCAAAGACUUGUAAGCCAAUGAAGUUGAGUGAAAUGAUACAACUGUAGACCAACUUGCCAACCCUGAUGAUCAACACGGUUUCAUCAACGUUACUAAGGAUUUUGUUUCUGCCUCAAUAUAAUGUACCUCCACAUACAGUAGAGACAUUUAAGUACUCCAGCGACAAUUAUGGCAAUAGUUUCAGGAAGGAAUCUAUUGACUAUAGCCUUGGGAAGAACACAAUAUGAAAAGGGAGUUCCCCCUGAAAACAAGGGCUGCGGGCAAAUUCAAGCCCUUAAAAACAACAAUAAAAAAGAUUAAAAAAAAAAAAAAAAGACUGA